GAAUCUGUGAAGAAAAAAAAAACUAAAAAUAAAAAAAUAAUCCUUCUAAAAAAAGAGGGUGUUGUGUUGAUUCGUCAAACAACGACGUCUUGCUCAGAAUCCAAGCGUCGUAUGGUUUAAGCUCUCUCUCUCCCUCGACUUCUUCUCUCAUCGAUCUCUUCUUCCUCCUCCGGCUUCAAGUCGCCGGAUUCCGAUUUUGAACUUGAUCUCUCCCGCCUCACCGUUUCCUGAUUCCAAGGAAGAGAGAGAGGCGUAUGAUUGAUUGGGUAGAAAAAAAUUCUGGAUUUCCGGCGAUUUGUGAAGAAAAUAGUAUUUUAUAGGUUUGUUGAAGAGGGAAAGAUUAGGGUUUUGAGAUUGUUGGAGAUUUUGCUUCAAUCAAUCAUAGUACUUUUUCUUAGCAUUUUUGUAAUUUGGAUCUUUUUGUUGGGAGAAUGGAUGAAGAGGCGACUUCUUGGAUUAGGAGGACUAAGUUUUCUCAUACUGUUUCUCAUCGUCUUGACUCCUCCAACUUCUCUUUUAACCUAGACAAGAUUACCAGAUCAUCACCAUCAUUGCUUUCAAGUAAUUCACAGAUAAACCCUGUUACCAACAAGCAGAGAUCUGUUUCCCCCACUCCUCAGACGCCUCUUCCCGAUGUCUUCAAGGAAGCUAAGUCCGAGCGUAAGAGAUUCUCUACUCCGCAUCCAAGAAGAACGGACUCUGAGAAGGGGAUGAAUAAAUACUCAUUGGAAAAGAGAUCGUUCAACCUCCGGUCCCCGUCGGUUCCCAUCAGAGACCUCAGCACUCUGAGAAUCCAAGAGAGGGUGAAGAAGAGCAAGAAGGACACCGGGUGGUCUAAGCUUUUGAACAAUGGCGGCGGUGGUGGUGGUCGUAAGGUGAGCGCUUCGGAAGCUGCUGAAGAGUACCGUGUCGAUAUGUCCAAGCUCUUCUUUGGGCUUAAGUUCGCUCAUGGGUUACACAGCAGGCUUUACCAUGGGAAGUACGAAGAUAAACCUGUUGCUGUCAAGCUUAUCACUGUCCCUGAUGAUGAUGAGAAUGGAUGCUUGGGAGCUCGUUUGGAGAAACAGUUUACCAAAGAAGUCACCCUUUUGUCACGUUUGUCCCAUCCUAAUGUUAUUAAGUUUGUGGGAGCUUAUAAAGAUCAGCCUGUGUAUUGUGUCCUCACCGAGUAUUUACCUGAAGGAUCCUUAAGGUCUUAUCUGCACAAGCCUGAGAACAGGUCUCUUCCUUUGAAAAAGCUGAUAGAGUUUGCUCUGGAUAUCUCAAGAGGGAUGGAAUAUAUUCAUUCGCGACAUGUGGUUCAUCGGGAUCUCAAGCCGGAGAAUGUAUUGAUCGACGAAGACUUGCAACUGAAGAUUGCUGACUUUGGGAUAGCGUGCGAGGAGGAGUACUGUGAUAUGUUGGCUGAUGAUCCAGGGACCUAUAGGUGGAUGGCACCUGAAAUGAUAAGACGUAAGCCGCACGGGAGGAAGGCUGAUGUUUACAGCUUUGGACUUCUUUUAUGGGAAAUGGUAGCUGGAGCUACCCCGUAUGAGGACAUGAAUCCUAUUCAAGCUGCUUUUGCAGUAGUGGACAAGAACUUAAGGCCGGCUAUACCGGGAGAUUGUCCAGCAGCAAUGAAAGCUCUGAUAGAGCGUUGUUGGUCGGUUGCACCGGAUAAGAGACCCGACUUCUGGCAGAUUGUGAAAGUGCUUGAGCAGUUCGAGGCUUCACUGGAACGUGAAGGGAACUUGGAUCUGGCUUCAAACAAGAUCUGCAAGGAUACAAGGAAAGGUCUGAAACACUGGAUUCAGAAGCUUGGACCGGUUCAUGGAGGCAGCAGCGGCAUUGGUGGCUCGGCGGUCUUGCCUAAGCCUAAAUUCGCUUGAGAGAUGUUCUUUCUCAUUUUGUAAAUUUAAUAUAUAGUAUACAGAAAGGGUUUUGUGUUGUGUUGUGCCAUGUUGUUCUGUAAUCAUGUCCUGUUUUUGUGGGUUGUGAUGUGUUCUUUUUAAUCUUCUCUUGAUAUGUUGUGUAAUGAUAAUCAAACUAGGGAAUGGUUUUGUGAUUUGAUGUUCA